CACACCUGAAGUACAUCUGAGGAUUAGGCAUUGCAGAACGUUUCGUUAAAGGACGUUUAGUCUUCUGUCUUUUUGUUGAACUCUUUUCUUGUUCCCUCAAAUAUGAAGGGGCUGUAGGUCAUUACACUCUGGGAUUCAUGUCUUUUUUUUGCAAAGGAGUCCAGGGCAGAAUUAUACAAAUGGAGAGACGUGCUUGAAGGCGACAUUGAGGUCUUCACUUCUUCAGACAAAACACAAGGUCAGCAAAAUGAUGAAUGACAAUCCUGAUGCCUAUAGGAAAGUCGUGCGAAAGCCAGGCCUGCAGAUAUGGACCAUCAACAAAAUGGAAAUGGUUCCCGUUCCAUCCAAGGCCUUUGGUAACUUCUUUGAGGGAGACUGUUAUAUAGUCCUAAAUAUAAGCCAGAAAAAGGGCUCUGGUGAGUCCACUGACAUCCACUACUGGAUAGGAAACUCCUCCUCUCAGGAUGAGCAAGGCUCUGCGGCCAUCUACGUCACCAUGCUGGACGAGCACCUGGGCAAGAGUCCGCUGCAGCACCGGGAGGUGCAGGGCCACGAAUCAGCACAGUUCAGGAGCUACUUUAAAAACGGCCUGAUCUACAAGAAGGGUGGAGUGGCCUCGGGUUUUAACCAGGUUGAAACGAACGCCUACGACGUCCUGCGAUUGCUUCACGUCAAAGGGAAGAAGCAUGUGUCAGCUGCAGAGGUUGACGUGUCAUGGAGCAGCUUUAACAAUGGAGAUAUAUUUCUUUUGGACACCGGGAAAGCCAUAGUGCAGUGGAACGGCCCAAAGAGCAACAGGAAAGAAAAGCUCAAGGCGGUCCUGUUGGCUCAGGACAUCCGGGACCGGGAGCGAGGAGGCCGUGCUCAGAUCGGUGUCAUCGAGGGAGGAGGAGGAGAGAAGGAUUCACCAGAGCUGUUGGAACUCAUGACAACUGUGCUCGGCCCAAAGCCCAAACAGCUGAAGGAUGCCAUCCCUGAUGACAAGCAUGACCAGCAGCAGAGCAACAGCGUCAGACUCUACCAUGUUUAUGACAGCAGUGGUAAUCUAGUGGUUCAAGAGGUAGCCACUCAGCCUCUGACACAAGACCUGCUGCGCUCCUCGGACUGUUACAUUUUGGACAACAAAGGUUCGAGUGUGAUGGUUUGGAAAGGCAAACAAGCCUCAAAGGACGAGCGUCAGGGAGCUCUGAACAGAGCUCUGGGUUAUAUAAAAGCCAAAAAAUACCCACCAGGCACCCAGGUGGACGUGAUGGCUGAGGGAGGAGAGUCUGCGAUGUUCAAGCACAUGUUCAAGUCCUGGACAGAGAAGGGACAAACGAAGGGUCUGGGCACCACUCACACCGUUGGGAAGAUAGCUAAGGUGGAGCAGGUGAAGUUUGAUGUGAUGGAGCUUCACGCCCAUCCUGAAGUUGCAGCUGAGCAGCGUAUGGUGGAUGACGGCUCCGGAGAAGUCGUGGUGUGGCGCAUUGAAAACUUGGAGCUGGCUGAAGUCCACUCAAGUACACACGGACAGUUCUACGGGGGAGACUGCUACUUGGUGCUGUACACGUAUCAAAGGUCAAACCAGCGACAGCACAUACUCUACAUGUGGCAGGGACGCCAUGCCACUCAGGAUGAGAUAACGGCGUGCGCCUACCAGGCUGUAGGUAUUGAUAACAAGUACAAUGGAGCCCCAGUCCAGGUCAGAUUGGUCAUGGGAAAGGAGCCCCGCCACUUCCUGGCUAUGUUUAAAGGCAAAUUCAUCGUCUUUGAGGGAGGCACGGGCCGGCCCGGUGUGGUCAACCCUGAGAGCAGCUCUAGACUCUUCCAGGUGAGGGGGACCUGCGAGUUCAACACCAAGGCCACCGAAGUGCAGGCCACCGCAUCCUUUCUCAACUCCAAUGACGUGUUCUUGUUGAAGACAAGCAAAGUAUGCUACCUGUGGUACGGAAAGGGCUGCAGCGGAGAUGAGAGGGUGAUGGCGAAAGAAGUGUCUGAUGCGCUGUUCAGGCAGGACAAGCAGGUGGUGAUGGAGGGCCAGGAGCCCGCUGCAUUCUGGGUAGCUUUAGGCGGAAAGGCUCCCUAUGCCAAUGACAGGAGACUGCAGGUGGAGGAGCCGCCUCACAGUCCCCGGCUGUUCGAGUGCUCCAACCAGACGGGUGUGUUCAGGAUGACCGAGGUGUACGACUUUGCCCAGAAUGACCUGGACGAAGAUGACAUCAUGCUCCUGGACACUUGGGAGGAGCUUUUCUUUUGGGUGGGAAAAUCAUCCAACGAGAAAGAGGGCAGAGAGGCGUGGACCAGCGCGAAAGAGUACCUGAGGACACACCCGGCGGGCCGCGACCCCGACACGCCCGUCAUCGUCGUCAAACAGGGAUACGAGCCCCCCACUUUCACCGGCUGGUUCAACGCGUGGGACCCUCAUAAGUGGAGUGGAGGAAAGUCUUACGAGGAGAUGAAAAAAAACCUGAGUGAUGCUGCAUCCAUCUCUCAGGUCACUGUAGACCUGAGCAACGUUAACGUGAACAAGGCUCCUGCUGGGAGAGGCGGCGGUGGGUACAGGGCUCCAGGGGGCCCCAUGACUUCUCCAGUGUACAGGACUCACGGAGACGAUAUGUCCCCCCGAUCCUCCGCUCCAACCAGCCCGUUCAACCAGAGAACCCCAUCCUCCUCCGCCGGGGGCAGUGGGAUGACUCUGGAUCCUGAGCUCCUCGUCAGCAAGACUCCCGACGAUCUCCCAGAGGGAGUGGACCCGAGUCAGCGCGAGGAGUACCUGUCCAACGGGGAUUUCGAGGCGCUGCUCGGCACGACCCGUGCAGACUUCCAGCGCCUGCCCGCCUGGCGGCAGACUGCCUUGAAGAAGAAAGCUGGGCUUUUCUGAGGAGACCUGCCAAACCUGUUUCUAUGUUGUACUGAGAAAUCGGUGAAGAAACCAAAUCUGUUGCUGAGAAAACAGGAGGUUUUUUUUUUUCAUUUUAUUUAAUAAUUUAAGCCAAGUACUGGUGAUUGCAAGAGAAAAUUCCUAUUAAUAGGACUGUUAUCGUUUAUUAGUAUCAUUAUUAUUAUUAUUAUUAUUAUUACUUGAAUUCCAGGACAUGAUUGACACUUGUAAUUGAUGUUUUUUCUUCAAUAGAUGCUUUGUAUUUUGCAAUGCUUGUUAAUGUUUCAUAGUGAUCAACUGAUGAUCACAUUUUUCUUCAUUUUAUUAUCUCUUGCAAUAAAUCACUCAUGGAAUAAACACAGAAAACUUUCAGACACAAA